AUGGGGGGUCACGACCACCAUCGCGAGGGUCACAAGAGCUCGCGAUCGGGUUCAUGGGAAGGCUUUGACAAGAUGAAGCAAGCACUAGAUGGUCUGGCUACAGCAAAGGGCGUAUCACAAAGCCGCAUUGGUGCCGUAGCCAAGUUGGCAGCACAUUACUCGAAGUUUUACAAGCACGUAGUGCAUGACAUUGAAAUGUUUUUGUGGAAGGCAGAAGUUGAGCACCGAUUGGCUGGGCUUUAUGCUAUUGACGCCAUUAUCAGACAUUCUCAUGCGAAUAACGACCCGAAGGAGUCAUAUGUAAAGCGAUUUUUUGUUCGUAUGUCCGACACGAUUGCCGCAGUAAAAAAAGUGCCAGAACAAUUGCAGCCCAAAGUUCGGCAUGUGAUUGAUGAAUGGCAGAAGCGUGGAAUUUAUACAUCCAAGCAGAUUGAAGAUGUUGGUGGACGUGAAUAUCUUUCCCAAGGACAGUCAGAAAAUCUUACGCCUCGUACAUCUCCGGGAAAGUUAGCGUCAUUACUAUCAAUUAUCAAGCAGAAAAGAGAGGAGAACGAGCAGGCCAGUGAGCAACAUGGGCAACCACGGAUCAACAACUCUCAUCAUAACGGACGACUGCAAAAAGAUAACAUUGAAGGAUUGAGCCAUCAAAGUUAUAGUGAGCGACAACUCGAUGACAAACGAAGUGUCGGAAUUAUGGGUGAUGCACCUAAUCUUUAUAUCGGAAGCAAUCACAUGCAGAGGAAUAUAAACGAACGUCCUGAUGAUUGUAACGAUCGUGAUUUAAAAAAGGCUCGUGGAUCCCGAUGGGGUCCGCCUAAAAUGGACAAAGUUCCUUCAAACGAUAGACCAACUCCAGUAAUUACGUCUUCUGAACGGGACGGAAAUUAUCGUUUUGAUAAUAGCUCUGUUCAGGGCUUAACAUCAGGAUCAUCUUAUCAGCCUUCUUUGUUACAAACUCCCCAUGGAGGCCCACCAAGACAUGAAGAUUGGAACAGAAAUACACCUUCUCUUAGCACUGGCACAGAGUGGCCGCGUGAUAACAUGCUCUCUCCGCAACAAGGAGGCCUUAUUAGACAGAAUGCAAACCCAUUCCAGCAGGGCGGAAUGCAACCGAUGCCAUUUACUGGCUCCGACGAUCGACGAAGUCCUGGCCACCGCGUGCCUGGAACUUCUGGGGAGGUUUGUCGCAAUUAUUUAGCAGGAAGAUGCUCUUUUGGUGAUCGUUGCUGGCACAUUCAUGACCCUCAGGCCGCUCCGUCCGUUGCAAGUCGUUCAGAAUUUGCUGAAAGUAAGCACAAAACUGUGCUAUGUAACAAUUUCCCGCUGGGAACGUGUCGUUUUGGAGAUAAAUGCAGCUUUGCUCAUGGAGAAGAAGAGUUAGAAAAGUCGAAGCGAUACCCGUUAAGACCCACUGCUCAAAAUGAUGCACUAAAUGGAGGCCGCUGGCAACCGUCGCCCGGUUUGCGACAAGGCAUGGAGCCGACAAAUGUUUACGUUAAUGUACUCGCUCCUUCCUCUCAAGCUAGAUCUUACGGAAAUCCGCAAGUAUAUAAUGAACAACACGGUGACCGAGGCAUUAAAGGAGACGAUUCUUCUGUAUCUUAUGCUAAAAAUGCCACCUCGCCUUCGUUGAGUGUACACCGAUUGCCGCCACAAGUCCAUUCAGCAGCACCUCCACCGGUCUAUCAGGGGUCAUACCCUUCGGUUCCAUAUGGUGCUGCUAUUGGUAGCAUGACUUUUGCGAAUCAAGGUCCAUCUUACUCCAACGGAGACCAAGAUCGGACCCAUGUCUCAUCUAAUGUCCCCGUCUUACCAUCUCCUGCAUCUAAUAGUCAAUCUUAUGGAGACCAGCCAACCCCUAGCACCAAAGUCCUAGCUGAUGAUGACGAAGUCGAAACGGCUGAGCCUGAAUUUACUCUCGAGUACGAUGACGACGACUAA